AUGCCGAAAAAUGUCAACUGGAAUGAUUUAUCCGACCAACUGAAACACAAAUGCGUCGGAAAAAUGGAUUUUGUCACAAGAGUAAUGCUUCGAAGUACCAGCCGAAACGAGCGAAAACUAGUGGAUCGACACAAAAAUCGAUUUGAAUUUGUGCGAAUCGAAGAGAUAAAUGGGUUUCCAAUAGGCGGAGUUACCGUAAUCCCGUCUUCUGAAAAAUCUGAAAAUCCGAACCAAAAAUCGAUAAUCAAGGAGCAAGCGAUUCAUUUGGAGUGCGAGAAUUUGAACUACCACCGAUUUACGCUCCUCCCCUUUUUGAAUUUCGCGCUGAAAACUGGAAAAAUCGGACGGCUGGCGUUGGAUAUUUCAGAUGAAGGGUUAUUUCAAGAAGUGGCAAAAGCAGUGUUUCGAACUGAAAAUUCGAAAAACUGGAAUGAUUUUUCAGUUGAAUUAAAGCUAAAAAUUAUCGAAGAAAUGGAUUUUAAAACUAGAAGUUUCUUCCGACAAACUGCCCGUUCCAAUAAGAAUCUGGUGGAUUCUCUCCCAAUUUUUAUCGAUUAUAUUCAAUUUACUGGAAGUUCGCAGAAAAAUUCCAAGCAAUGCACUGAAUUCUCGUUCCAAAUCGAUAAUUUACGGCAACCCAAAACCUUCCGGUUCACUAAAAAAUCGGAAUUUCGCCGGAAAAUUCUUCCAAUAUUUCUUUAUGUUUUGAAAGUUGGAAUAAUCGAUUUAUUUUUCUGUCAUUAUGUGCCGGAUCUCAUCGAUGAGCUAGUUGGAAUGUUUUACGGGUGGGAAAUUCAAAAAUUCAAAAUUCGCCAUUUGGAUUUUGUUGUUUCACGGAGAGCAAUGUUCUGGUUCGCGAGGAAUAGUGAUGAGAAAGUUCUGGAGCACUUUGAAACGGCUGCUGACCCAUUUAUCGAUUUUCCAAUCGAUAAUUUAUUGACUUUUCCUUCUGUGCACAACGCUCGAAAAAUCGAAAUCCAUGAAUCGUAUAAAAUUGAGAUUCUGUACGCGAUAAUUGAGAAAUGGAUUGAAAUCGAUGCUAGCACCGGAUCCACCGUAAUCAUCUACAAACCGGGCAACUACUACGAGAUUUCUUGUCGAUUCGAGGAUCGUGUCAUCUACGAAAUCCCAAAUGAGAAGAUUCUGCUGACUACUAACAAUCCGAAAAAGCAAAUCGAAAUCCAAAUAAAGCAUCAGGAUAACUUUGAUUACUUUGAUUCGGUCACUUGUCAAAUUGUAGAAAUGUAUUAG